UUAACCAACUAAAAAAUAUAAUAAUAAGAAAACACUUUUCUUUAGUGACUAAAACAAACUAUCUAUCCAAAAUUUAUACUUUUUUCAUAAAUAGUUUGAAAUUUUUAUGAUCAACCACGCCAAGGUGGUAUAUUUCUUAACAUAAAAAAUUAGAAAUUCAUUAAAAAAAAAAAAGAAAUAAAAGAUAAAGAAAAUAUGUUAAUAUAAUGUAGAUUAAGGGGUCACGCAUUUCUUUUCUCGAUGUAGAUUUUAUAUUAUUCCUAAAAGAGAAAUGCUAAAAGUACCAGUGGCGCUUAACACCUUCUUAUAUAUCAGUAUCGUUAUUGGUCCAACUAAGUAUCGGAUCUCGUAUAGUUUAAUAUAAUAACUUUUAAAAAUUAUCGUUAGCCGAUCACAACACGACAUGUCGAGAAGGUGCUAGGCACCAGUGCCUAAUAACAAUGCUCUUCCUAAAAUUAUUUUUUCUUCACACCGAUAUUAUUACUAAUCCUAUUCGGCUAUUCAUAUAAGGACAGCGUAUCAGGGUUAAAUAAGUAAUAUCUCUGUGCUUCAAUUCAAGAGUCCUCUGCUUAUAAAUAUCCAGUUCUUUAUUCACAAUUACCACUUCGUUCCUCAACAUGAUCUUUUCUCUUUUUCUCUCAUCCUCGUUUUCUUCUUCUUCUUCUUUUUUUUGAAUAUAUAUAUAUAUAUAUAUUGUAAACAAACAAUACACAAAUUCAAAAAAUAGAAACUGAAAAAAAAAAACACUUACAUCAAAAUGGUGACUAGGGAUAGUAGUCGUAGCAGCCGUGACCAAAUGUCUUGUCGGUUCAUUAUUUUUUUACUAGUAUUGGCUUCGAUAUGUGUCAUUCUGAUGGGCAUAUCUGUUUGGGUAAUCUCUUCCACUAUUGAGCCAAUUAAUUUGAUACAAACAGUCCCUAAUCUCGCUCAUCAUUUUAGUAGAAACUCCAUAAUUGGCUCUGAAUCUGAUGAUGAUGAUGGAGGUUUUGGUGGUGUUGAUCAUAAUCAUGUUCGAUCACCUAUUUCUCCUUCGAGUACUCUUUCCAACACUACUACUACUACUACUACGGCUUUUCAUGCUAAUAAUGGAUUCAAGAACCACACCAUAAGAAGAAAAAUCUGGACUCGAAGUGGAAAACGACAGAUUCUUGAACGAGGACUAGCUGCGGCUCGAGCUGUGAUUCGGAGAGCAGGUUCGAGUAGCAACUUCUUGACAACAAGAAACGACACCGACUAUGUUCCUAAUAGUGUCGUUUAUCGUAACCCAAAAGCGUUUUAUCAGAGCUAUGUUGAAAUGGAAAAGAGAUUCAAAGUGUAUGUGUACGAAGAAGGUGAGCUUCCAAUCUCUCAUGACGGACCAUGCAAGAACAUAUACGCCAUUGAAGGGAGAUUCAUACAUGAAAUGGAAAACAGUGCAAAGAGGUUCAGAACAAGAGAGGGUGAACGAGCUCACGUUUAUUUCAUGCCUUUUAGCGUUACGUGGAUGGUUAAGUACUUAUACGAAGCCAACUCUCGCGAUCUCGACCCUCUCAGGCGCUAUGUAGCCGAUUAUAUCAACCUCAUUUCUACCAGAUACCCAUUUUGGAAUACAACCAAGGGUGCCGACCAUUUCAUCGUUGCCUGUCAUGAUUGGGGUCCUCAUGCAACAGAGGGCAAUCAAUUCCUUUACAACACAUCCAUUCGAGUCUUUUGCAACGCCAACUCUUCUGAAAGCUUCAACCCACAAAAGGACGUAAGCCUGCCAGAAAUCCACCUCUUAACCGGCGAAAUGCCAUCGGCAUUCCACUCUCCACCCGAAAAUGCCACGCGUCCACUCUUAGCCUUCUUUGCCGGGGGCCUCCACGGCAUAAUCCGACCCAUCCUCUUUCAACAUUGGAACGGCCGAGACGGCGAUAUGCAAGUCCAUGAGUAUCUCCCUGAGGGCAUGGGAGACUACCAUACUUUCAUGCUAAAAUCCAAGUUUUGUCUCUGCCCUAGCGGAUAUGAAGUGGCGAGUCCUAGAGUGGUGGAGGCUAUCUACGCCGGGUGUGUGCCGGUAAUCUUGUCUGAUAGCUAUGUUCUGCCAUUCAGUGAUGUUCUUAAAUGGGAUGAGUUUUCCAUCAGUGUGGAGAUUUCAGAUAUUCCGAGGUUGAAGGAGAUAUUGAGUUCGGUUUCUGAAGAAAAGUAUCGAAGACUUAAGGAAGGGUUAAAGACUGUUAGGAAGCAUUUUGUGUUGAACAACCCUGCCAAGAGAUUUGACGUGUUUCAUAUGAUUCUUCAUUCUAUAUGGCUCAGGAGGCUUAAUGUUGGGCUUGCAUAGUUAUGAGUUUACUUUAUUUUUUUCUUUAUUCUUUCUUUUUUAGGAUAUGUUUCAUGUACAAAGGUACUAAUAUGGGCAUAGUUGAAAGUUUUAUUUUAUUUCAUUUGUAAAAGUGUAAGGGUUUACACAAAGUGAAAGUUUAUUUAUUUUAACUAUAUAA